AAAGAAAUAUGCUCUUUCCUAUUUGGGUCUUCAGCUAACGCCGAAAUUCAGAACUCCUUACUUUGCUGGGUGUUUUGGUUCAGCCCUCAAAGUCUCCUAUGCGUUUGCGUGUAGAACCCCAGUUUUGAGAAAUUUCAAACAUAUUGAGAUAGAAAAAACGAUACAACCGGACAAAACUUUUUCACCAAAAACCUUUUCAGAGAUUUCCUGAGAGUUUUUUUGACGAAACAAAUACAAAAAAAAUUUCAGAGCAGUAACAAGUGAUUUACAGGCAAAUUUUUUUAAAAGCAGUAGAAAGUACACACAAGGAAAGUUUUAUUGUUGAAUUAAAAGGAUGUAGAAAACAGAGGUGCAGGUUAACAAUUUAUUGUUGUAUUCUCACGUGAUGUAUUAAUCGGAGAUGUAUCAUGGCUUUAUUUACAGAAAAACAAAGCAAUCAGGCCGGUGAACAGGAAAAGGUUUUCAGACAAUAAUUCCAAGAAGUGAAAUGUCUCAGCCCAGCUGUAAUGAGCCUAACAACAGGGGGUUUGAAAUAACAGUGAAAAGCCGUGGCGGUUUUAUGGGUUUGGCUAAAUGUUGGAUUACUCCUACGACAACAAUCAGAGACCUCGAAAAGUUUUUUGAAGCCAACCCUGGUGAAUAUCGUUUCGAGCAUCUCAAAAAAACAUUAAAUGACCAAAGUUUACAGAUGGUAGCUAGUGGUGACACGAUUAUCAUGGUGAGACAGUGGGAAGAUAUUGAUGUGAACGUUAAACAACCUGAUGGUUGCCUAGUAAAACGUAAGAUCUCUCCAGACACUACAAUUCAACGCCUAGAAAGUGACUUUAGAGUAUCGCCUGGAGCUGUUAAAUUUUGUCAUGAAGGGGUUUCUUUGACAAAUGAAAAUCUACAUACGAUAUCCAAAGGUGCUACAAUUUCCAUGGUGCUACAAAAAGACAUCAGUGUAUACCUGAGAAUGCCAGACGGUCGACUAUUGGAAAGUAAGAUUACUCCAGAAACUAAAAUUGAAGACCUUGAAAAAAGUAUUGGUGUGACACAUAGAGCCGUUGACUUCUGUUAUAACGAUUUUCCUUUGAAAAAUGAAUAUAUACAGAGAGUAUCUGACGGUGGCACAAUUAUCGUGGUGGAUCGUUCGAAAGGAUUUGAUGUGUCCAUUGGAACAAGUGUCGGUACAUUAAAGCGGAGAAUUACUAACAAAACUACAGUUCAAGAUCUUGAAAAAUAUCUUGGAGAUUCCUACGGACCAGUCUACUUCCUACAUCAUGGGAAGGUUUUGACGAAUGAAAAUAUGCAAAAGGUCUCACAAGGUGAUUUUAUCAGGUCAUUCGAAAAGUCAAAAGGAUUUUCAAUAUGCGUGAACCAUCUGGACGGAAGGACAAUUAAAAUGGAGAUUACUCCAGCUACAACAAUUCAAGAUCUCGAAAUUGCACUGAAAGUGUACCCUGGAUGCGUCGCCUUUUUUCAUCAGAACGUUCAUUUGACAAAUGAAAAUAUGCAGAGGCUAACACGAGGUGACACGAUUGAUAUGGAGAUAUCCCAAAGAGAGUUUGAAGUAAAAGUGAAGCAUCCUGAUGGCUGGUUAAUAAAACAUAUGAUUACUUCGGCAACUACAAUUCAAGACCUUAAAAAUACGCUUGGAGUUCUUUUAGAGUCACCUGAAGAAGUUGACUUCGUUUACCAGGAGAGCCCCUUGACAACAAAAAGUCUACAAAAGUUAACUGAAGGUGACACGAUUGACAUGGUGAAACGACAGAAAGUUUCAUCUCUUGUUGGACGAGAGGCAAGAGUGUCAAGGGAUCUUCGUGAUAUUAAUGAAGAACCUACUGCAAAACGCAGCAAAGCGACUAGUUCUCUACAAGAAGAUCCAGUUGAACGCUACAAAAUGUCCAGCUCCCCCAAAGGCAUUUGUCUUAUCAUCAAUAACGUUGACUUCGGAGAAUCGAGGAAAAGCACAGACACGGGGCUGUCUGAUCGAGAUGGUUCAGAUGUGGAUGAAAGCAACCUCAAUUUGAUUUUCACAUGGCUUGGAUUUGAAGUUAAAAUCUACAAAAACAAAAAAGCCUUGGAAAUGUGGAAAAUAUCUUCAGAUUGUUCGAAACUCGAUCAUAGCCAGUAUGACUGCUUUGUCACAUGUGUAUUGAGUCAUGGAGGGAAAAACUUAAGAACAAGAAAGGAAGAAAUAUUCGGUGUUGAUGGCAAGGGUUUCCCAAUAGAUGAUAUGAUCCAACUUUUCGAUGCAGAUAGUUGCAGAUCUUUGAUCGACAAGCCAAAAUUAUUCUUUUUGCAAUGUUGCAGAGGAGCCAAUGAAGACAAAGGAAUGCCUGUACCAGGGGAAGUUUUUUCAGACGGGAUUGAUGACCAACAGACAGCAACAUUUCCUAUGCUUAGUGAUAUUUUUAUUGGUUACGCAACUCCUUCAGGUUUCAAGAGUUGGCGAAAUACCACUGAAGGAUCUUGGUAUAUAUCAAAGCUUUGUGAAGUUUUUUCAAAACUGGCAAAGAAAAACGAUCUGAUGACGAUGAUCACAAAAGUCAACGGUGAAGUAUCAAAGCUUUACACUGACAAGGGUUUGAAACAAGUGCCAAAUCCAUCAAUGACAUUGACAAAGCUACUAUAUUUUAACCCCAUUCUUGAUAGAUAACUAAAGUGGAUUAGAUUCAAGUACGACAUAUUUUGUAUUCUCGACAGUAAGGUUUUAUGGCUCGCAGUAACAAACAGAUAUACAAGUUUAAAUUGCUACAAGUCUAUUUUCAACUAAACGACAAAGCAAAUGAAAAUUAGAUAAGGAAAAACGGGAAAAUAACACAAAAAAGGAGACAAGUAGAAAAGAUCAAGGAAAUAGAUUUGAAGAUAGUUUAAGCAAAAGCGAAAAAUCAGAAAAGUGAAAAAUGAUUUAUUUUUUCUUCCUCUUUCAUCCUCUUUUUCAUCAUUCACGCUUUUUUAUCCUAUAUCUUCCUCUUUUCUCUUCUUUUUUUUCUUUUUAAACUCUUUCUUCUUUCUUACUCUUUCUUUAUCUCUCUUCCUCUUACUUCUUAUUUCUUCGUAUUUUCUCUCUGUUUCUUCAUAUUGAUUCCAUUCUCAUUUCGUUUAUUCCUUUAACAUCUUUUCCCCCUCCUUCUCUCUUUUCUCCCAAGAAUUCUCAGCCCAUCAAGUGAACAAGCUUUUGCUUUCGCGAAGAAGCUUUCAAAAUCUUCAUUGUGGCAUUAUUUGUAAAUACCUGGUUGCUUUGUGUCGUACUAUUUUCCACGUCAUUCGAUACUUUGAUCACUAUAAAUGCUAUUUGCCGUGUUACUUUGACGCUUUAUAAUAUCACUUUAACACUGUAUGGAUUUUUUACCCCAACCCACCAUCAUUUCGUUAACUGAUUAGUUUGUUUCCUUACAUGAGUCAAGUGAUGUAAUCUUGUUACCCUUUUGUAUCGUAGCUAUGCUUAUCGACGCAGCUUUGAUUGAUAAUUAUGAAAUGAAUCAACAUGAUUAUUAAUGAUAGAUGACCAUCAUUGGAUUAGAACAAACCAAGUUUGAUCAUUUAGUUAGAAUGUUACGACUGUGAUUGUAAUAUCAGAUACGUUUACUCUUAUGAAACCCGUAUGCCCGGAAAAAAUUAUAACUUAGUGGAAUUUUUUAGUUUUUCAUUAAUUACUAAAAAAAAAAUUUAAUGAUUUUAAAUCUAAAAAUCAAAUAAGUUAAAUAUAAUGAUCUAAAAAUUAUUAAAAAAAUUUAAAUUUAAAUUUUUUUGGUUUAAUUUGUAGUAUAUUGAGUAGCUCCGUGUCGUUUAGUGAUGUUCCUUCAUAUCAAUAUUGCCAAAUAUUGUUUUCGCAAGAUUCACAGAAUUGAAAGGACUGUCUUAUUCAACACUUUUGGCAUCUUCUACUAUAGGUAGCUUGUAGAUCGUUAUAGUUUGUAUAAGAGUUUUCAAUAUUUCAACGAGAACCAAAUAAAAGUUGGUAAUUACUAAUGCGUUUUCCUGAAUUUUUUUAGCUGUGAGGCUCAUUUUCUUUUAUAUUAGUAACAGGUAAGCAAUGACAUUAUAUUGAGCAACUAGGAAAGUACAAAAAAUGAAUGUGAUGGUUUUAUCGAUGACAGAGACGCCGAAGAAGGGGGUGUGGGGGUCAACCACCCCUGUUGCCUUUUGAUAAGAGGGGCCAACGUGGCCUUUUGAUUAAAAUACCCUUUAAACUGGACAAUUGUAAUUCUCAGGAAAUUCACAUGAUAUUCUGAUUGCAGCCAAUUUUCAAGAUACCUACAGAAGAUCGAAAUAAAAUGGCAGUUAGUAGAAGGAAUAGGUAGAAGCUGGGAGAUAUCUUUCAAAGGCCCUUUAACUUAAGCCUGCCCCCCCCUUUGUUCCUAGCUCCUUAGAACGUUUAACAUUAGCUUUGUAAAUUAAUUGAUUCUUAUCAAUUGCGACAUUUUGUGUUCAAAAAUGAUGUUUUGCAGAAAAAUGAUCAGAAAGAAGUUUUCUGUUUUCAAGGAAGGUGAGAAGUUGUUUGGUAAUGAUUGUCUCCAUUGUUUUGGAAAUACGGUCAGGUCAUUGUUUUUGGUCAGGUCAGACCUGUCCCCAUUUUUAGGAGCAGGAAAAACUUGGGUUAGUUUCCUCGAGGUUUGGAAGAUGAAAAAUGAAUAGGAGAGCAGGAAAGGUUUGUUAAGGAUUGGCGCGAACAGGCUUUGAGAACAAUUGCUGGUAUACCGUUAGAUCCUGUAGAUUUAGAGGUAUUCAGUAGGAGGAGAGCUUUUGCGGAUGAAGAACUUAAUGGGCGACAGUGAUAAGGAUGAAGGGGGUAAUAACAAGGUUGUUGCUAGAAGAGGAUCCAUAUUCGUUAAUCAACGGAUGAUUUGCAGAGGUUUUUGAAUAUUUUGUUGUUGAUGCGACGGACAAAAGUAGCUUUUUCAUUUUUGAUAACUUUGGUGCAUAAGUUGCAAGCCAGGACACAAGAAGCUCUGCAUUGAAGUGCUUAGGAGUGCUUCCAUUUCUUAAAUCGGCGAUUCUUCCUUCGGACAAUUUUGGAACCUUGUGGGUUGAACCAUUUAGAAGAGGACUCUUUUGUAAUGUAAACAGGGCUAAAAGUUGUAAUGUAAACAGGGCUUUAACUCAUAUUCAUGGAAACAAUGGGGUGUGAAAGUUCAGUUAGUAAGGAUCGAGGAAUGAAAUUGAGAUGGAGAAAUGAAAGAUUUGUUUAUUUAUUUGAAUUCUCAAAUUGUGAGUUCGUUCCAUUUAUUUUACGUAUAGAGAUCUCUUAAAAAACCUCUAUAAUGUGAGCAAAAGAAAGAGUGGAGAGAGUCCCUGUCAGCUUUCUUGCAAUGGAAAACUUUGUGAGGAGUUAAAGUUUUCAGGGGCGGACUGUCCGGUCGUGCCAUUCGGGCGGAUACUGUGGUUGUGGGUAUUGAAAUCAAUGCAGGAGUAAUCUUAAAAUUCCCUACAUAUUGCAUAUAAACUUGCAUAGUCUACAACAGCGUCUCUGUCAAGUCUAUUAGUUUUUCAAUAUUGGUAAUUUCGAGGUAAACAUCUACCAUUGCAUGCACUGCUUUAAGUUGUCCUCUCAGAUGUUUUUAUACAGAAAUAAGAUUCAAAAUGUGUUUUCUCUUCUAGUUUUCUACCAAAAACAACUUUAGGCAUCUCUGAUGAAUGAUAACCGAAUUAUUUUUUUAAGGUUGAGGAGGGUCCUUGUAUGCAGUUUGUAAUGCUCUUUCCUGGGUGCAAAUCACAGUAUAGAUGAAAGAUCAUAUUCUGUGAUUACAUUAAUUUGCUAUUUGCAUCUAUAUCAUGAUACAUUUAGAUCUGCGGGGUAUAGUUAAGCUACGGAAUAAUGAUAAAAUUGCAUCAACUCCACUUGUUCUCAAAUCACUUUAUUUGAGCAGAAGCAGCUCUAGGACCGAUCCUUGCAGUACAACUUAUUUCCAUGUGCUGAAGGCGUUGUUUAUCACUAUUCUGAGUCGGAUCUAACGUGCCAGAUACCUUUGGAACUUCAGAAGGGCAUCACUGCUAAAUCUAGCUCCUUAAAAAAUUUGCAAUUAUUUGUAAUUCCUGCUGAAGGUAGGAUACAAAUGGGCCUCGCUUAAAUGAUUCAGGUAAAAUGUUAGCAAAAUAUCAGCAUUUUAGUUUUUUAAGACCUUUACAUGUACACUGUAAACAAUUUUAAACUAUUAUCAGAUAUAACAAGGUAAGAAACACAAUGAUGGUAAUCUAUAUUUACUGUAACACAAUUGCUCCCGUGUUCUAGAAAUCUCUCACACUCAUAUAUUUCCUGACCAGUGGCGAAUCUAGCCUAAAAAAUCUGGGGGGGCUAGCUGGGGGUCAGCUUUCAAUAAAAGGGGCCAUCUAGCAGAAUGUGGCGUGUUGGCUCAAAAUUAGCUACAAGGCACCGAUUUUUAGCGCCCCCUAGAUAAGUAUGUCCUUGGUAGAGCUGUAUCAAGUCUGUUAUCAUUUUGCCGAAUAGUUUUAUUUGUGGCGUAACGAGCAGCUGCGUCCCCUGAAAAAAAUAACAAAGAAAAAUUGUUGCUGGGGGCCUCAAAAGGUGCGGGACCGUUUGUUAUUUAACUAAAGGUAACUUUGGGCCGUUACUCCACUGAGUUUUAUCUGUUUAACAAUAAUGCAUCAUGAACAUUAGAUUUCAAAAGAAGACCUAUACUUUUAAAAAUAAAAGGCUAAUAGCUUUGUAAAGUUGAUUGGUAAAAUGUUUCCAUAGUAGUCAUAUCUUAUAUCCAACCUCCAUGAGAUCAAGCGAAUCAUUCUGUUACACAGAAUUUCAAAUCAUAGAAUUUCGAUUAGCAAUAGUAGAUUGCCAACGUAUACUGGAAUAAUAUUGGUAUUUCACUGCGCUGUCUUCCGGAGUGAAAAGGGUUAUCAAUGGGAUGUGGAGAAUCUUGGUUUGGGUUUACCCGGUGCACCCCACACCAAGAAGGUGUAUCUUCGUCAUAAUACAUAAUAAAUAUAGAAUUCAAAUGAUUUUCAAGAAUUAUUUUUUCUUAGUAACUGAAGAAGGGAGACAAAAUUUCAUUAAUAUUCACCUCGGUUACAAAGCAAAACGCUUACCAGAACCCAUAGCUUUUUAAAUAAAUGCAAUAAAGAACGCAUUGAGCAAAAUAAAAAGAGAGCAACCCUAACAAAGGCAAAAAAUUAUUUAACAGCUUUUGGAAGAAAACAUUGAAUUUUCAUAGAAACUUUUGAAAAACUAGGGGGACCAAAGAAGGGGUAAAGAACACUACUGGGGAGGGGGCCAUUCGUAGAAACGCCACUGGUCCUGACAUGUGAUUAAGUCACGUCUUCACACUACACACUGCCUAUGGGAGUUUAGCAAGGUCUUGAGUUCAUAUUCACUGCACAAUUUGAAAUUAAAUUUAUCAGUAUACAAGACAUCCUCUUUUAUUUUUUAAAUGAUUGAAUGAUUAGAAUUGGCUACUUCUAUUGGAUUCUUAAAGCCCUUUGUAGGAGCUAAUUUUGACUGGUUUUUCUUGUUUGCUGGUGAGCUCAAUAAGUUUCAUCAUAAUUGACAAUCAUCUCACCCAUUUGCGAUUCAUGAUUUAAACUGACUUUAUCUUGUUCGAAAAGAAUGGUUUAACGGUUUUCCAAAAUGUUAUAUUAUCAUUUAAGAUUUUAAGGUUUUGUUUUACCGUACUUAUAACUUUUUGCCUCAUGCUGAAGCUAUAUGCAUUUGUUUCGUUGGGCUUCACAAGCCCUUUUAAUGGCUUUCUCCAUAUAUCUGUUACAAAGUUUGAACCGUAGCAUUCUAACUUUUGAAUAUGAAACGAAAUGGGGAAACACAGCAUAUUGAAGUUAUUUUCGUUUGACACUCCUGAGAGCAUAAAAUUCGCAAGGAGGAGAGUAAAGGAGAAAAUGUCAUCCAGGCCUGUAUUGAAAUUGGCGUAUGAAGAAUAAAGAUGCAGUUGAUUAAUUGUUUGUUUCUUUAACCAAUCAGCGGCCGCUAACGUCUCACCUAGUUCGAGAUUCCAAGAGAAAAAAACAAUUUUUUCAGAAAUUAGCUGGCUGUUCUCUUUUGAAGCAGUCAGCGGCCUUAGAAAACACAAAAGAAUAGCCACUUAAUAAACUGA